GGGGGCCUGGUUCCCGGAGCGCAGUCCAUGGGGAUGUGUUCACGCCAAGAGCGGAUUCAGAAGGAUGUCGACGUCGUGAUCCACAAGUCCAAGGCGGACAGGGACGGCCUGUUCGCAGAUUUCCGAUACUCAGACUCCACCUUUACCUUCACCUACGUCGGAGGCCCCAAAAGUGUGUCCUACUCAGUACACGUAUCUGAGGAUUACCCAGAUAAUACGUAUGUGUCCAGUUCAGAUAAUGAUGAAGAUGUAUUAGUGACCACAGAGCCAAUUCCAGUAAUAUUCCAUCGAAUUGCAACAGAACUAAGAAAAACAAAUGACAUCACCUGUUGUUUAUCUAUCAAAUCAAAAUUACAGAAGGAAAAUGGAGAGGAGUCACGACAAAAUAGUACUGUGGAAGAAGAUUCUGAAGGAGAUAAUGACUCAGAAGAAUUUUAUUAUGGCGGACAGGUAAACUACGACGGAGAACUUCACAAGCACCCUCAGCUUGAAGCAGAUUUGACAGCGGUGAGAGAGCUUUACGGUAUCCAGGCAGUUUCACUCAGGGAAUACGGAGCUAUUGACGAUGUAGAUAUCGACCUGCAUAUUGAUGUUAGCUUUCUUGAUGAGGAGAUCGCAGUGGCCUGGGAUGUGAUUCGUACAGAGCCUAUAAUUGUCCGUCUGCACUGUUCACUUACACAGUACUUAAAUGGACCAGUGCCCACUGUUGACGUGUUUCAGAUUUCCACAAAGGAAAGAUUUGGAUUAGGACACCAGCUGAAAAAAAUUAUGCAGACCUUCGUUACACAGCAGUGGAAACAGAGCAAAGAGAAGUCCAAUUGUUCGCACAACAAGAAACUGUCUGAGAAGAAGGUGAAAUCCCCUCUGCACAUAUUUUCUACCUUGCGCAGGUCGCCAAGUUAUCCCCCUCCGGGUUGCGGUAAAAACAAAUCCAAACUGAAAUCGGAUCCAGAUGGCAUCUCUAAAACGCAGAAGUUGCUGCGGAGGACGUGUUCCAGCACGGUCAAGGCUGAGGACGUCUGCGUCGCCAAGUCCCACCGAGCGCUGGGCCGGUCCCUGUCCGGCGAUCCGCGGACCGAGCCGGCCCCGGCCAUGAAACCCCACCGGCUGCUCAAUCGCGCCUGCCCGGCUAUGGGGGGCAAGCAGGAGGAGUGCGUCGCUUUAAAGCCGCAUAAACCGUUGACUCGAUCGUGUUCCGGGGAUCCCCGGUGUGAACACGGCAGCACCUUGAAACCCCAUAAACUCUUAAGCAGGUCUUAUUCGAGUAAUCUGAGGGUGGAGGAGCUCGACGGAUUGAAGAACCACAAAUUGCUCAGCAAGACGUAUUCCAGCGCUCCCAAGUCAUCCAGGACAGAGCUCUUCAAAGAGGCUAUUGUAGAAGGCAGGAGGCUCUCUCUCACCUCAGGUCUGAUUGGCAUCCUAACUCCGUCAUCGUCCUCAUCUCCUCAGACAGCUCAAAAUUAUGGUGCAAAAUGCAUUCCAAUCCGAGACCGAGGAUUCCUGGUGCAGACCAUAGAGUUUGCUGAGCAACGGAUACCUGUUUUGAAUGAAUAUUGUGUCGUUUGUGAUGAGCCUCAUGUGUUUCAAAAUGGCCCCAUGCUUCGGCCUACAGUGUGUGAACGGGAGCUGUGUGUAUUCGCAUUCCAAACUCUCGGAGUGAUGAAUGAAGCUGCUGAUGAGAUUGCAACUGGAGCUCAGGUGGUGGAUUUAUUAGUGUCUAUGUGCCGAUCUGCGUUGGAAUCUCCGAGAAAAGUCGUCAUUUUUGAGCCAUAUCCCUCUGUAGUAGAUCCGACUGAUCCCCAAAUGUUGGCCUUCAAUCCUAGGAAGAAGAACUAUGACAGAGUGAUGAAAGCCUUGGAUAGUAUUACUUCCAUUAGAGAAAUGACACAGGCACCAUAUCUGGAAAUCAAGAAGCAGAUGGAUAAACAGGAUCCCCUUGCUCAUCCUCUGUUGCAAUGGGUUAUUUCAAGUAAUAGGUCGCAUAUUGUGAAACUCCCUGUUCACAGGCAAUUGAAGUUUAUGCACACUCCCCAUCAAUUCCUGCUUCUCAGCAGUCCACCAGCCAAAGAAUCCAAUUUUAGAGCUGCGAAAAAACUCUUUGGAAGUACCUUUGCAUUUCAUGGCUCCCACAUCGAAAACUGGCACUCCAUCCUGAGAAAUGGUUUAGUUGUUGCUUCCAAUACAAGACUGCAGCUCCAUGGUGCAAUGUAUGGAAGUGGAAUAUAUCUUAGUCCAUUGUCUAGCAUAUCAUUUGGUUACUCAGGGAUGAAUAAGAAGCAGCAGAAGGUAUCAGCUAAGGAUGAACCUGCUUCAAGCAGUAAAGGCGUUAAUGCAUUACAGUUACAGAAAAAAGGACUGCAGUCUCAGUUCUUGCAAAGCAGAAACUUAAAAUGCAUCGCCUUAUGUGAAGUGAUAACUUCACAAGAUCUGCACAAACAUGGGGAGAUAUGGGUUGUUCCAAACACUGAUCAUGUCUGUACAAGGUUCUUCUUUGUGUAUGAAGAUGGCCAAGUGGGAGAUACAAGUAUUAACACCCAAGAAGGAGGCAUCCAUAAAGAGAUUCUUCGUGUCAUUGGUAAUCAAACGGCUACUGGUUAAAGGACCGCUCUUAGUUAAUUAACAGGAUUUGAAGUCCUUCCUCGGUGUCAAAGCUGGAUUUUGAGCUGAAGAAGAUGCGAAACAUAAUUUAUUGUUACUAUAAACAAAACAAACCCUUUGAAUAGUUAUUUUUUCUUAGUAUUUCUAAAUACCUUAUUGAAAUACCUAAAAGGUUACAAAAUUUGCCAAUUGUAGGGGUACAGAAUCUCAUAAUAAAAUACAACAGCACUUAAACAAGAGUUUGGGUUGCUCACAAUAAACAGAUUUAAAAAGGAGUUUUGUGCCGAUAUUUUUAUAUCAAAUUAUUUAAUUAGGCAUUUUGUUAUUGUGUAGCCGGCAUUGUGAUUUUAAGUUAACCAACAGAAGUAUCAAAAAAGAAGAUUUUAUAGCAGAUCCUACUUCCCAUAGGAUACUUUGCAAUAAGAAAAAUGCACAUUCUGAAGUACUAUAUCCAUUGCGUAGCCCAUUAGAAUGUCGAAGGUAUUGACACCCAUCCUAAUUGUUAUUUGCCUUAUACAAAUACAAUUAGGAUUUAGAAUCGGAUCCUUACCAAAAAGUAGGUAUCUUUUUGGGUCUGUGCAUUUUAAUUUAAUACAUAUAUAUAAGUAUAUAUGUUUAUGUAUAUAUAACGGUUGAAGACUACACUAAUGGUGCAUUACAUGACUCUCUAUCCUCAUUCUGUUACAAGGAGCUAGAAUAUUUAGUAAAGCAGUAAAUCUAUAUUUACAACAAGCUGUGAGGCAAAACUGAUCACAGUUUCUCAAGCUUGAAGGUGUAUUCCAAUGAAAAUGUUGGUAUUCCAUUUCUCUAAUUGCCUAGGUUUCACAUAAAAACAAAAUAAAGUCAUACAUACUCAGAUUCAGUCAAGUGAAAGUUAUUCACGCUUAUGGGAGAAACUAAAAAUCAGCCUCCCAAAUACAAAAACUAAACGUAAUGGUUAAUUCGGUUAAAAAUGGAAAAAUGAGAAGGGAAAAGUAAUUUUUGUUCCUAAAAUUUGGAAGGAAAAAAAAUAAAACUUUAUAAAACUUUGUUUAUAAACUGGCAUCAUUUCACAUUAAGCAUUGUACAUUUCUGCUUAAUGUUUUCCUUUAGAGACAAAUGAGAUACCUUAGGGCUAUUGAAAGAAAACUCUGUAGUAUUGGAAUAUUUAUUUCAAAUGCCAGUUUUCUGGAAAGAGUCACUCUAUCAUUUCACUACUUCUGUUGGUUGUGUCUCCAGUUCCACAUUAUUCAUUAGCAAGAUAAAUUGGCAGUAUUUCCAAAUGGCUUCUGUGAAAUCUGGUACUUCCAGGAGGCACUUCAGUUUCCUACGAUGAGGCUUUGGCAUCCGAGUUGGGUAUCCAACACCAAGCCUUGUAUCUACGGUGAACUCAUUCAAGACAAUACCUGUCACCCACCACUUUGAACAGCUUUAGCUAACGUCCGCUUAAACUCAACAUGUUUCAUGUACUCAAACAUGCUCAAGUUGUAAUCGAUUCGGGAUUGGAUUGGUCAUUAGAGAAAGGCGCUCUUUCCGGUAUACCCUUUCUACAGGUGGAUAAGUUGGGAAAUUUCCAUCCAGUUCAAGAACACUCUCCGCGUGGUCAUGUCCUCGGGCUAAUUCCAUUCAUCUUUCUCCUCACCGCCACCUCCCGAAACCCCCCCUCAUCCUCACCAUGUGAUACAGUCUGGCUUUGGCCAGUUCCAUUCUCGAUUGACGGAACUUCGGUGAUGAGGAAAUGGUCCUGCAUUGCCCUUUCGAAAGGGAUGUGUAUUUGGGUCCACUGUUCUGGAUACUUUUACAGUGACCUUCGGAGCCUAAAGAACAUCAGCCCAGUGUGAUCUUUCCAUAGCAACCUAAUGCUAAAAGCGAAUUCCACUGCAAAAAUAGAAAGUAAUAAUUAUAAUGGCAAGGAGCAAGUAGAGUUCAGUAAUAAUUAUAAUGGUAAGGAUCAAGUAGGGUUCUUAUAGUGAAAUAAAAUACCUCUUUUGUGAUGCUAAAACUGAAGCAAACUUAAAUUACUUGAAUGCAGAAUUUGAGUCCUCCAAGAGUACCUUUCAGCACUGUAAUAGUGCCAAGAACGAUCGUUUUCCCAGAAAAAUAUUUCCCUGAACUUUUCUGUGCCCAGUUUCAAAGCUGAGCUAAUUUUGAUCAUUGGUUUAUAAACUUUGUAACUGGAAACUUUUCCUGUGAAACUUUACUGAAUUCGUGGUGAAGAUGGCACCAUAAUCCAUUAUUCCUAGAGUUUGGUUUUAUUUGCCAGGCCAAAUUAAAUCACUUAGACAGAAAACUAUCCUUUCACUAUUCAGAAAUUCAAGUGAGGAUUCAACGUUCAAGGGGUUAUACACUCUCACCGUGUCUGGAUUAAACAACCCCACUGUAUUAUAAUUUGAUUAUAUGAUCUAUUCAAUCAUUCCAGAUUUUUCCAAUUGUACUUGUAUUUUUCUUAAUCACAUGAAAGCUGUUUACUGAUGCUGUAUAUAGUAAUGACAUUAUUUUAUAGCCAGUGAUGCGAAAGGUGAACCCAAGGAAUAUUUUCAUUCUUUGGAGAAAAAUAAUUAUAAUUUUAAAAAAAAUUCCUCAAACAUAAGGACAUCUGUAAACAUUUUACUAUUAAUAGGGGUGUUGUCGUUGUUGAAGAAAUCAGAGCAAAGUUAUCCGAAGAAGCCAGUAUUCAUUUACUCAUAGGAGUCCGAUGAAAAUCGGUUGAUGGAUUUUUGUGAUAGGCUAUUGAAAAUCUAAAUCAAAUUAAGCAUCUUGGUUAUUAAUAUCUUGACACUUAUAAACAUACGCUAUUCCAACCUCCCAAUUGAUCUUGAGCAUUCAGUCUCCUCACAAAAUCCAAACGGCCUUGUGUUAUGCAUUAGAUGCAUUUGCCUUAGAAGUGUUGAAGAUUUUUGAAAGUGUGGUUCCCAAUUACAAAUUCUGUGCAUCUUUAAAUCAGUGAAGUAGAAUGGAUAGUAGCUGUUUUAAAACGUGGCUGCAUGGAAAUCCAUUAUUGAUGAGAUUGCACAGGCCUUGGGGAAAAGUAGCGAUGCUUAAAGUUCAAGGUCUCAGAAAGGAAUCUGGAUGAUUUUCAUCCACUUGUACCUCGAUACAUAACGCAAUGUCACUCAACCAUGAUGCCAACGGCAAGUGGGCUUUGGGCAUUUAGAAUCUAAUGGCACUUUACAAAGGAGAUCGAGGUGUUAAUUUGUCACCCUAAAAAAUUCUUCAUUGCAAUUCUACCUCAAGAUGUUAGACCUUAUUUUUUAGGGUCUCCAGCGUAAAGAGCAAAUAAAAUACCACAAUUACAACUCUGUCACUGACUAAUUCUUCAGCCUCAUCUGUCAUGGUCUUAAGUGCAGUAUCAGCAACUUUGCCCCUUCAAAUCCUAAAGAAUUCCAUAAUCAAGCUUCAGUGCACUGAUAAUAAACAAUGCAGUCUUGUGAGGAGUCAGUCUGGAUGGGUUCCGAGUUGCUGAUUCCAAGUGAAUUUGGUCCUUUGACUAUUCAUAUUCUAUGUGUCCCAGUUUUAUAACCUCUACCUGGAGCCACAGAAAUGUCCUACGUAUAUGAUUAAGAAAGAAUAAAGUAUCUAACUGCUAUACUAGAGUGUAAACUGAAUAAACCUUUGAACCCUUAAUUUCGGCUGAAUUUUGUCAGCCCGUGUGCAGACGUGAUGUAUAUUAUUACUCAUUAGCUUUUUCAUUGGGUUUUGUAUGCAGUAGCAUAUAUUAGGUAUAAGUUUUUGUAGGUCAAAAAAAUUUCAAGUAGUUUUUAGACAAGCAUAUGUAGAGUAUGAAAAAGCUGUGUCGAAAAAUUACAUUAAAUAUGUUCCAGCAAGUCAGUAAAAAAAAAAAAACAACCUUAUAAAACAGACAUUCAACAUAAUCUAAUAUUCUAAAAGUAAUUUGUCAAUUUACCCCGUAUCUCCUGUUCUUUUGAGUUUAUAAAAUCGGAGCCAAUCCUUUAUGGAAACUUGGAAAUGCGCCUUGGUUUCUUGCAUAUUCAGUCUCCUUUCCGGAUACAUUUCCUAAAUUUUGUGCACAAAAUAGUAUUGCAGCCUGCUAUUUAGCCUUUGGUGCCUUAGAGUUAUUACAAAUAUUUAACAAUAUGUAUAUAAUGUAAAUACUGCCAAAAGAUCACUAAGGCCAAAUAUUUUCUCUAUUCACUUUUUACUAAACUUGCUUUCUAUUGCUAUUUAAGCCUCUUUUAUCCAGCUUUGUAAUAGUUAUAACAUUGUAGUCAAUGUAAAUGUUUACUUUCAAUAAAUCUGAAUUUGUUCAACAAGUA